CAGAUCCUUGCACACAAGGAUAAGCCCGUGUUUCGCUCGCAGAAAGACGCAUUGGUUCAGCUACAAGAUCAACUGGAACUCUAUCACAACCAAAGAUCAGGAUGUGCCCAUGCGCGGAUGUCAAAAUUAGAACUUGAGACCUGUCAAGAGGACCUGAAAAACUUUCACAACAUUUUCAACAAGACCCUCGACGACUGGGCAAGAGCUUAUGAUUGGAAAUUGAAAAAUGAAUUUGACAACUUCGAUCAAGACAUUUCAAAACAAGUCGAGCAGCUCUCGAAUAUCUUGCAAGUCUACAAAGAGUGCACCAAGCAAGAGGAAAAGCGGAAAUCGACUUUGAAGCAAUAUGAGCAAGAAGCGACGACAAUUCAUCAAAAAGCUCAGAUCGUGGUCGACUGUUGUCUCAACCUGGAUCGACUUGCCGAGGACAAUUGCUCGGAUGUUGACAAGAAAAUCGACCAAGAGAUUGCACGAUUGCAGUCCCUCAAGAAGCAGAAUCAAAACCUGAUGCAAGAAAUUCGGAGUCGCAAACAGCGCUUGAUCAACGUCAAGACUCAAGAAAGCUUGAUGCAUCAGAAUGUCAUGAUGUCAGUUCGCGAGUACCUGGCAUGCGCAGACAUUCGGAUCAAGAAGGCUGAGAAGUCUGUCGAGGCAGUCUCUUCGGUGAUCGAAAUGAUCCCUUCGCUUGCAAGCACAGUCAACGAAGAGGUCCAAGAGUUGAAUGACUACGCAGAAGAUCUCAAGCGUUGCAUUGCUUGCGACUUGCAUGAGGCUUAUGCUGGAGUACACAAGGUCUCGACCAUCGACAAGAUCACUCAAACAGCAACAGCAGAGAUAUGCCUCGACCAAGAACAUGACCUGGAAAGAAAGCUUGCAUUGGAAGAGACUCUACUUGAUUCGGAAGACUCAGUGAUUCAGAAUAAGAUUCAAUCAAUCGAAUCUGAUCUCAAUCGUAUGAAGGAGAGUCGACAGAAGUGCCUUUCAAAGAUUACGAGCUUGAAAGAGAAUCUUGAGACAUCCAACGUCAGGUAUGCCCCAGUGCUGGAGUUCUUGAGGACCAACUCUCAAAGUGUCACCCGUGACUUGCUCAAAAUUGUGACCAACGAGGCGAACCUGAGAGAAUGGCAAGGAGUGAGAAGAAACGAGGCCUCCAUGCGAGUACUGGAAAUGGUCGAUGACUUCGAGAAUAACUUUCGGGAAGCCUUUGAAGGCAGAGAUCGACGGAUCCGCGAGAACUUGGCACAAAAAUAUGCCGAACAAGGAAGAAUCUCAAUGUGAAAUUCACUGAGUGCCGCGCGAUUUCUGACGAAGUCCGGGAUGUUGCAACCAUUUCAUUAAAACCACUUAGUAGCCUG